AUGUCGGUCAUCCAGUAUAUGACGAGCUCCGCGACAGCGAGCAAAGAGACAUCUUCAUCUAUACAAGGAUCAGAUUCUCUUGCAAGCGACAUGAUUGACUCCAGAGUAGAGCGUCGAUUGAUUCGAAAAAUUGACCUCCAUGUAUUCCCAAUUUUAUUCAUCAUCUACAUGAUGUCUUUUCUCGACAGGAUCAAUAUCAGCAAUGCAAGGAUCCAAGGCCUCGAUGAGGACAUUGACCUCAGUGGCAACCGUUUCAAUUUUGUCUUAUUCGUGUACUUUGUCCCAUACAUCCUGCUCGAGGUUCCCAGCAAUAUGGUUAUACGAAAGACAAGACCUCCUCUAUAUAUCUCUGGCCUCAUGUUCAGCUGGGGUAUCAUAAAUAUGUGCAUGGGUUUCACUCAUAGCUAUCAGGCUUUGGCCGCACUUCGGUUUCUUCUAGGGGCCACAGAAGCUGGAGUGUUGCCCGGAAUCAUUUAUCUCACUUCCAUGUAUUACAAAAGACAUGAAUUUCAGUUGCGAAUGAGCUUUCUGUUCUGCUCGACCUUGGUGGGUGGUGCAUUUGGUGGUUUACUCGCGUAUGCUAUUGCCCGACUGAGCAUGUCUUGUGGAUACCAGGCAUGGCGAUGGAUCUUCAUCAUUGAAGGUGCUGCCACUGCUGUUGCGGCCAUAAUCGCAUCUUUCCUUAUUGCUGAUUGGCCAGAGCAAUGUCGGUUUCUCAAUGCAGAGGAAAAGCACUUGCUGAAGCGCCGGUUGACAGACGACGGCAGCGAGUGCGCAAGGAUGGACACUCUCAACAAGUAUGCAUACAAACUCAUACUUACGGACUGGAAGAUAUGGUUAGGCUCUCUCAUAUACAUGGGAAUUGGCACAACCGGGUACGCGAUAACCUUUUUCAUGCCUACUAUACUGAAUGAGUUUGGGUGGAAGGCUUCAGAGGCACAAGUUCGCACCAUACCCGUCUACGCUGUCUCUGCCAUCUGUAUGCUCGUGGCAGCGUACUUGUCUGAUCGCUGUCGCCACCGAUAUGGCUUCCUCCUGUUUGGGUGUUUGGUGGCAACGGUUGGGUACAGCCUGUUACUGCAUCAAAACAGCUUAUCGCAAGAGAUUAGAUAUGCGGCUUUGUUUUUGGUGUCCCUGGGCGGCAAUAUGGCGACACCCAUGUCGCUUGCCUGGCUAUCAAACAAUGUGUCUGGACAGUGGAAGCGCGCAUUCAGUUCUGGCUUCCAAGUCACAAUUGGCAAUCUCGCGGGAAUAAUUGGAACAAAUGUGUUUGUCUCAAGCGAGGCACCCCAAUAUCCGACCGGCUACGGUGUAUCGCUGGGUAUGCUCUGGCUGGGUGCAAUGUCUGCGACGGCCAUGUUCGUCGGGCUCUGUAUCGAAAACCGGAAACGGUCUGCGGGCAGGCGGGAUUAUCGCCUAACGCUUCCUGACGAUCAAGUCGCGAACAUGGGUGAUUAUCAUCCGUCGUUUCGAUUUACUCUGUAG